AUGCCAUUGAAAAUUGAGACCGGUACCUACACGGUUAAUCCUGUCAUUAAAAAAGAAGGUGGUUCGAAGUUUUCAUUAUGGAAACAUUGGCGACGAAGUGUGCAAGUAGAAGACCGUGGAUUGGAAGAUUGGCGAAGACGAAGAGGUCCUGUACAUGGUGAAGUGGCUGGAUUAGAAGAAGCUGGAAACGGAAAUUUAACAGUGACACUGGUCUCCGAUAGUGGAGGUACAGACAGGGCCCCAAGACGAACAAGGCCCCUGUCACUGUCAGUGCAACCAUUAAAUUAUCAUCGAGUUGAUCCAGAGUUCAUUAGCACGACAAAAAAUAAACAUCCAAAUAUGACGAGCCAGGAGAGCAUCGGCAGUUGUAGCUUGGACGUCGAUCAAUCAGCCUCCGACCCAUCAGAAAAAACAGUAGAUUCUUUAUCGGAGAAAACAUUGCACAGUUUUAAUUUAUCCUUCAACGGUGAGCAAACACCAUCAGCUGAUAAUUUGCGAAACGGAAAUAGUGAAAAUCAACAGCUUAAACACGCAACUACUAACGGCAAGAGUUCAAAUGUUAACAAUGGCCAUCACUAUAAUGAAAUUGAUCAGCUGACAGUAAAGAAACCUAGUUAUCUAGGACUUUCUUGCAGUAUAAGCGGAUAUUCUGGAAUCACCAGAUACGAUAGUAAAUUGCGAGAAGGUUUCCGUUCAAGGGAUAGUAGUCCUGGAGCAAGAUUAAUUACUAGAGAAGCUAGUCCUGUUGGAUUUAGAUCUAACGAGAAUUUGAAUAUACCAUCAAAUAAAGGUUUCCCAUCGAAAAGUCAAUCGAUUUCACCUUUAGCAAUGGAUCGUCAAAAUGGAUUUACAAAUGGAACAAAGAAUAAUGGUAAAAUUGAAAAAUAUCACGAUAAUAAAAGCUCAAUAAAUUGUGAAGGAUAUUCAGAAGUUGAUAAGGGAAUUUCAUUAAAUUCAACAUAUUCGGAAAUUAGUCCCAUACGUAAUAAUGUAACAACGAAACGAAGUCCCGGAAGCAUUCACGUUGCUUCUUAUAAUCAACAAAAUAUUUCCUAUUCUUCUUCAUCGCCAAAGUCAACUACCGUUCAUGUAACGAAUACCUCGUUUAGUGAAACAAGCUUAAUCAAUGGAUCGUCACAAAAUUUUGACAAUCACUUAUUGAAUAGUUCAUCGAGUAGUGAAAAAUCAUUUAUUGAACAACGGGUGGAACGUCUUUACGGUCCAGGUGCACUUGCUCAGGGUUUCUUCUUUAAACGCAGCUCAUUUAAUAAAUCGAAUACAAGCGAUUCAAGUUUUAAUAAUAAAUCUAUUAAUCACGAUAAUAAUACUUCUAUAGAUAAUUCAAAUACAGAAGAGUCCCUGCCUGUUCUGAAACGUUUGCCGUCGGAAUUUCGUGCUCAACUUCCAGCUGUUCAUACCCGAAAGCCAACCGAUGGCUCUGAACAAAUAACAAAAUCAUUACAGAGGUUAUCAGUGGCCACUGUAAAAAACGAAGCCAAAGAAAAGAGUCCAGUAUCAGAGGAGGUUGAGAAAAAGGAUUUGAAAAACAAUUCCCUUCAACUUAGUUCGAGUACCACAAGUAUAACGGAUCAGCAACCGGCUGCACCGCAAGUAGUGCUGCCCGUUCUUGAUUCAAGUAAUUCAAAGCAAGAUAUAGAAGAAGAAAAAGAACAAGGAAAAAAAGAAGAAAAAGAAGAAGUGAUAGAAAUUGAAAAAGCAGUCAUUGAAAAAAAUGGACACUAUUUCAUGAAGUUGCUAAAAGAAGAAAGGGAUAAGCUUAUUUUAUUGGCCGAAUCAGCUGAGAAUGAACUUUCCAAUGUUGAUCCUUCAAUUUUACCCGAGGAAGCAGCUGGAAAAUUACGAUCGGCCUCUGGAAAAGCUCGACUUUUGGCUUCUCAAAAAAUGCAACAAUUCGAGGGAUUGUGUCACAAGAAUAUUAAUAAAGUAGAAGGCGAAGAAUUUCCAACGAAGAAUGAAGAUUUAGAAGGAUUCUGGGAUAUGUUAAUGUUGCAGGUUAUUCAAGUGAAUGAACUUUUUCAACAAAUUGAACGUUCAAAAAAAUCACAAUGGCAAGAGAUUGUACCCGAAAAAAGGUUGAUUACUGGCACACCGUUAAAUGGAAGUACGCCUAAACGACGUAUGACUCCUGCGCCAAAAAUGAAAGCCACACCGGCGAGUGAAGCAAAUAAAAAAGCUCGUGAAGCAAGAGAACAAUCUCGACGACAAAUGAUCGAGGACAGAAGACGAGCAAUGAAAUCAAUGAAUAAAAAUGAAAAUAAUUCUGUCGAGAUUUUUAUUCCCGAGACGUAACGGUAAAUUUCAUUUUUAACAAAUAGUUUCUUUUUAUGAUUAUUAAAAAAGAAAAUUAAAAAAGACGCUUGAAAAAUAUAUUUAUAAAAAAAAUCAAUAGAAUUUUGAAUGACGAAUUAAUUACUAUUAAUUAAUUACACUCGUCAUUCUGCUGAGAAUGUUAAAUAAAAAAAAGUAGGGGGAAAAAAUUCUAAAAUUCAAAUAACAAUAGAACAAUUAAAAUAUUUCGAAUUUUCAGCGAUUGUUAAAAGAACGAUUUUACGCUUGUUUUUAUUUAACAUUUUUAGCUAACUCACGAACAUUUUUUUUUUUUUUCGAUGAUAUGAUUAGAUUGAGAAACUUGUAAAUAUUAUGUGGAAUCGUUUUUGAUCAAUUUAUUUAUCAUUUAUAAAUUUAUUUUAUAAUAUUAACUUUAUUUGCUUAUUGCUGGAAAAAAAGGAGAAAAUUUAAGCAAAAAACUUGGACUGAAAUUGAAGCGAAUUUAAAUUAUUAUGUCAAUGUAAAUAUUGUUGAUAAUCACAUUAGCCGUUUUUAUGUCAUGCAUCAAGCAUAAUAAUGACGAUUCACGUGAAAAAAAACACAAUUUUUAAUUAUAUUUUGUAUUGUCAAAUAUUUCUAUUUUUUUAAAAACAAAGAACAUGAAAAUAGUUCUUGAACAAUUUUUUUUUUUCUAUUUAAAUCAUUCAAUAUUUCAUGAAUUGUUUUGUAAUUUACAAAAAAUUUUGUAUUUAUAAUACAAAUGUCAGUCUUUAAAAAAUGUUUAUUUAUUAUUUGUUUCAAAUGUCAUUUGUAUUGUCACAUGGAAUUUUGAUUUUUUACGCACAUAAUAUGAAAAAAAAUCAUCUUUUUAGAUAUAAAGUGUAAAAAAAAAUAGAAAAGCAAAUGUUAUUUACUAAUAAAUUCUUUAUCUAAUUUUAA